AUGAAUGAUGCUUUAGCGUCAUUAGACCGCGGCGUGCAAACGCUUUUUACAGAUCCCGGACUUGCUCUAUCCGCUACUGUUUCCCAUCCUCUAUGCGAUUGUAUGUUGCAGCAGCCUCCACUCCCCGAUUGGCGCCACUUAGCGCGUUUUCCAGUGCUCAAGCGUCACGUAUUGACCAAAUUUCGUUCUGUGGCAGUCGAGAUGGCAAAGGUACCACAAACACCGCGCAAGCGUAGAAAGCGGAGCAUUGCACAGCAAAGUGGAGAUGUUGAUGAGUAUAAAACACUUUGCCUUGCUUCUCUUUGUCAGAACUUGGUUCAAUGUAAAUUAUUGAUAAUUGAUGAGGCCGAGUUGGUGGAAAGUGUAGUAAAACUCGAGUCGUUCGAUAUUCUACGGCGCGUUAUUGGCAGCAGAUUACUACCUAUCAGGAAGCGAAUGUUACUACUAUCAUUUGCAUUGCAGGAGCAGAGAACAAAGUGUUUGGAGUCUGCUGUGCAGAACUGGAUUCAGAAGGUCAGCGAGAAAUUACUCGAGGAAAUUCUGGAGGCCACAGCUACGAGUGGGUCCGGAGAGCCUCCAACGAAUCGAGUGAGGACAAGGUCAAAAAAUAAUGGGAUGCAGGAAAAAGGAAGAAUACAACAAUACUGUGAAUUUUGCCAACAUGGGGAUAGUACUGCGUUCUUGAAAUCAAAAUGUCGAGAUUGGGAUCUACUGGUAAAGUGUACGCGAGAAAUUGCAGAGAUGUUGGAAAAAAGUGGGGAAAGAUUCGUAAGUAAUAAGGCGAUGAUUGUGCUGUCGGCGUUCUGGGAUUCUAGCCCAGUUGCCGGAUUAUCGACAGAUAGAAAGAUAGAAAAAAGGCAAAAAAGGUUCAAGUAUUUUGUGAAGUGCGAUAAUGUUGACAUACCAUCGAUAUCCGUGGUGACCUUCAAACAGAUUUGUCAGCAAACAAUAACAAUACCGAGCGCCGAAAUUCCAAAGUUUAUGACUGAUCAUUUUCAGAAGAUGUGGACGGUCAGUUGGGAGCGAGAAGUAGAAAGUGUAGUCAAAGCGGGGCAAAUAAUCAUGGUUGACGUCAUCUGUCAGUGCUCAAAGGCAGAUGCCUUCGCUGGUGCUGCACUGUUGUCGGAAGGAAAGCAAAGAAUCACGCAAUUUACAGGUUUUCGCAUUGUGAGCGAGGUGAUUCGCGUCACAGGUGUAAGUAUUUCAGAGAUAAUUGCUUCGUUUGCAAUUAUCUGGAAAGUUCGUUGUAGCGGUGUACAUAUGCAAGUAGCUGCGCCUCGCAAUGUAGUAACUUCCACAACGAAGCAGAUACUACGGUCAUAUUUAAGUGAAAUACUACUAUCUGCAAAGGUGCGGUUCGAAAUGGGACCAUACUCACCACUCGGCCUCCUUUUUGUCUUGUAUAAGAUUUAUGCCAUGCUUGACCACGGAAGGAUACAGAACAAAAGUUAUAUCAAGCAUUGGGAUGCCUUGAUGUCUCAGCAAAAAAAUGAGACCUCAACUCCGAUUUCAAACCAGGAUGGAAAAAACUGGUGCCUAUUUCUUGAAAAAUGUGUGCUGGAUGUUCAAACCGACAGUUCCGUGGCAAUGCAUGGCCGCGACCACUUUUUGCAAGCAUUUAAGAACUACUGUCGUACUAUCAUGUAUACUGUCAUUGCAACGGGUGGCAGGGUUAUAUCAAGUGGAGGUGUGAUCCGACAGAAUUUAUUAAGUGAGGAAGGUGGUUGCUUCACAGUUCGAAAACUGCUAGCACAGAUGUUAACAACCUUUGAUGAAGAAUGGGUUUCCAGCCUUAUUGCACAGAUCCUGCGAGCGCGCACACAGCUUCGCUUCUCUGGUGAGAACGACCAACAAGGUAUAAAAACUUUGUUGUUUCCAGGGCUUUUUGCAGGCUUGAAGUCAACCAGUCGAUCCAACCCGAAGAAACUAAACACUGGACAGCAAUUAUUUACUAAGAUUAUCCAUGCUGUUAACGCCAUUUUAAAGGAAAGUGAGUCAUCUCCUUUGUAUCUUGUUGCAUUGAUGCAAUUUUGCGAGGCAUGGGAUGUUUAUCAAAGUACUCAUACAGAAGAACCUUCAUCAAAAGCAAACCGAUGGGGUUUUAAGGCCAUGGUGGAUUUAGAUAUGCUUCCUGAGCUACUUAUCUGUUACGAUAAGGUUGAAGUGUUGUGCCAAGAACCCAGAGAUGCACUUAACUUUGCAGCCGAAGUACUACAAAAUGUCCCAAACUGUCCACCGACACUAGAAGAGAACCUUUUAAAAGUGCUUUCUAAAGUCAAAACUGGUGUAGAGCGUGAGAAUACAUUCAUUGCAUGUCCACAGGAUGCACAACUUGUCUCGCAUUCCAGUGCUGUACUUCAGCGUUUCCUUUGCGCGGUGAGGUCAGCAGACAUAGCGCAGACUCGAAUGAUAAUAAGCAACAUAAAAGAUAUGGCGCAGCCACUGGGCGAGUUAAGGCAACAACUAGAGCAGUGGUUCUCAUUUGUUAAAAUGUAUGGCACAUCUUUUGCGGGCAAGGAAUCGCGAUUCGAGCUAUCACUAUUGUGUACACGGCUAAUUCGAUGGUAUCCCGAUGAGUUUGGUAGCAUGCGCUUUGUGUUUAUGUCCCCACUUGAUUCCCACUUCGUUUUUACAUUAAAGACGUUUAUAAAAGAGGCUGCAAGAGUCAACACGAUGAAUAGUCCUUCUGUGAAGACUGCACCGCUACCAUCGGCAGUUCGAGUCGACAUGGCAUUGCAUCUUUAUUUGACAACAGCAGCAUUUCCCGAUCUCGAAACCUUAACUGUCCUUCUGACAAAAGCAAUGAUAAAGUGUCGUUCUCCUGAGGCAUUUGGUGAUCUGGCAAAUAUUGUACUUAAGCAUGGCCGCGUGUUAUUAAUUGAAGCCGCCGUGGCAACACUUAGCCCCCCACUUCGGGGUUUGAGCUUCUCCGAUCCUGCUUGCAUUCAGAACGACGGCUGGGACAAAGAUAAGAGGCUCGAGAAUUUUAACAGACGCUCCAAGUCUUGGAUCUACCAGCGAAAUACUUUACAGAUCCUGGCAGACUCUGCUUCAAUCUUCAGUAAAAAAAUUGCGUGGUCAGUUUCGCUAUUUGACGAGACAACUUCUACAACUUGGCUUCCUUUUUUCCUCGAUUACAUCUUAAAGACCGAGUUUUGUGAAAGCACACUACGAGUUGACAUGCUUUUGACAACAUUAGAAAAGCUAAUGUUAAGCGAUGGAGAGCAAGAACUUCGUCAGGCAUAUUGGCUUGCUGCACUGCUCAACACAGCUCUGAUUGCGUGUUCCAGUCGAAGUGCUGGUUCCUACGUGAAGUUAGACGUGGACCUUCGCGAUAGGUUACGGCGAAGUACUGAAAAGAUCUCACAGCUACAAGCAAUCGCUUCUACAACAAUGGAAAUAGAUUGCAAUAAUUGCGACACUUUCGCUCUGUCUGGCAACAAGGUGAUAGGCUUGAUCGAUUUUUCCAGACGUGCAAGACUGUCCAUUGAGGAAUAUGGAGGGUCGUGGAUCUGUGAGCAUCAAAUUGAAGAGAACUUGUGUACGACUUUGCAAAUAAAUUUGUCAGACGUUUAUGAAGCUAGGAUGGAGGAUCCUUCCGCAAUGGUGAUACAGCCUUCUAUCCAAUAUUUUCUACCCUUCGUGCACUGGUUGUCGGCAGCGUUGAUUUACUCCCAGUCGUUCCUGGACGAGCCAUCACCCUUGAUAAGACGAUGGGAGCGCACGUUUACGUGUUAUGUGACGGACGUGUAUUUGCACGUCGAAUUUACAGGCAUCACGUCUGACCUCCUUAAGGCGUGGCUCACAACAUGGUUAAAUUUCAAUUUUGCUCGAGGUCAAGAUGAUCAGCAGCUUCUGGCCCUACUUCCUUCUCAAGUUGCUUUGUUUCGUCGUUUGGGAUUAAUUCCGUCUCGCUCUAGACCUCAAAGUCAAGACUCAACUUCGAUUUGGCAAUUGAUUUUAGCUGCUAUUACUCUUGCAUUGAAUCAAGACAGAGCCAUGACUAAAAAGGAGCUUGAACAAGCUGCAGAAGUUGUUGUCAGUACGUUGACGACGCUGGAACUCACUGAACUAUCUGCAUUCUCGGACUAUACGAUACUUCGCGACAUCGAGCCAUUUUUUACAGAGCUAAAGAAUAUUUUAUUAAGACCACAGCUUCGUGACUGGAAUAUUGAUCCAUUGUGUUGUCUGCUGCAGUAUCCACUGGAGGUACUUGUUUGCUGCUAUGCGUGCAAGAUCCCAGCAGACUCUGUAGUGGAGUCGCAAUUGUUUCUUGAACGUACUAAAGCAGUCCUACAAGCUACCAGUAUCACUGAUAAAGACGCGUCGUCUAAAAGAGCGACCGAGAUGAAUGCAAUUCUUCAGUACUGGGCAGAUGAAAUGCUCCUCAAAUACGACUAUGUCAAUCGAUCGCGAUGCGUUCAUAUUCUAGAAGUCAUUCAACUAUCGCUUAGAUUUUAA